AUGUCACUCACCCGCCAACCCACACUCCUGCGCAUGGUGAUGAUCAACAACGAUGAAACAACACCAUCCAGCACAGCCGCAACAUCCACGCCCGCAACCCCAAAUACAACAGAGCUAGAACCCACGCCGCUCCUCCUCGCGCUCGACAUGGCGGCUGAGCGAAAGCGGUUACGGCGACGUGUGGAUAGCGUGGUUACGGGCGCGGAGGACGGUGUCGACGGCAGCGAAACCGACGCCGAAGCUGGAAAUGUCGAGAUCGAGGCAGUGGAGGCGCAGAGCGGGGAGUCGGGAAAGGGAAAGGGGUCUGAGGAUGGGAAGCAGGUGAUUGUGCCUGUCAAGGAGGAUCUGAGUCAGCUGGCGAUGUUGGGUCAGAGUGUCGGGAGUGCGCUGUGGAAUGGGGUUGAGGCAGCGAGGAGAGGGGUCUGGGGACUUGCUGGGUGGAAGUAG